AUUAAAUAUAACUAAAUUCCUUAAUCGUACGUAUCGACGGACGACCGCCGUAUCGUAUCAUAUUAUUAUCUUAUCGGUGUUCCGAACAAAUGGUAUAAGGCAGAGGUUCCUAAACUUUUUAUUGUUCGACCCAUUUUAAGAUUUUUUUAAAUUUGGUUACGAUCGACAAAAAGUAGUAGCUGAUAAAAUAAUAAAAAAUAUUUUUUUAUAGACAAUAGAUUUAGAGGGUACGCAGGAUACAAAUGAAUUAUUAGAAGAUAAUACUGCACAGAAACUUGAUAACUUAAUAAAGACCACACGAAACAUUUUGGAUAUUGAAAGUGACACCGACGAAAAUAUUGAAGAGGUAGUUUCCGAUCAUCCUGCUGUAGCACGACGCAAAAUUGCUGCACAGAAUUUAAAAUGCCAAGCGGAUAGGAUGGUAACGAGAGGCAAAGGCAUUCUCCCUCGCUUAAAAGUUGGCGACAAUGUUCUGGUGUCAAUCCCGUCGGUAGAUCGAGGGCGAGGAGAUGCCGCCAACCUUCUUUCGGUUGUAAUGGAAGAAAAAUAUGGUAAAUUUCGUAUAGCAACCAAAGAAGGAACUCUAAACACAUGGCUGGAGCGGAACAGUUUGGCUGCUACGAAGUACUGUUCCUUAACGACAACAGACGUUCAAUCAAAUGAAUAUUCGUUACGGGAACUUGUCCGAUUAGGAUCAGUUGGGACUGGACAAGGAUAUCGACGUUGUACCUGCCGUACGAAUUGCACAUCAAAAAAGUGCACAUGUAGGAAAAAUGACAUGAUGUGUAAUUCGGCGUGCCACCCAGGCAAUAGUUGUCAAAAUUUAUAAAUGUAAAUAUUUAGUAACUCUACUUCAAUAUGUAUAACCAACUCUCUUUUUUUUUUAAUAAUA